AUGUCUAAUCAAGUUGAAGAAUUUGACGAUUUUUCUUCUGACGGUGAAGAUAAUGGUUUAUUGAUCCAAUCAAAAAAGAAUUUUAGUUCUAAACAACAUAUAGAGGAAGAUGUCGAAAGUUCUGAUGAUCGUGAUAGCAAUGACGAUAAAGAAUCAGGUACGAUUAAGCAAAAUGAUGACGUUGCUAAUGAAAAGAGUGAUGAUGAUGCAUCCAUAGAUGACAAAUUAGAUGAAGGUAAAGUUGAGAUAAACAGUGGGACUACUGAGAAUGAAAGAAAAGAAGCUUUAAAGAAAAAGAUGGAUGCAUUUAAUACUUUGAAGGCCCAAAGAAAAGCUAGGCAUAAAACUGGUGUUAUAUAUUUGUCUGCUAUUCCACCUUAUAUGAAACCUGCUAAAAUGAGACAGAUCUUGAGUAGAUUUGGCGAGCUUGAUCGUUUAUUUUUAAAGAGAGAAUCUGAUCAAAAGUACAAAAGUAGAGUAAAGGGUGGUGGUAAUAAAAAAACAAAAUAUGAAGAAGGUUGGGCAGAAUUUGUAAGGAAAAGAGACGCUAAAAUAUGUGCUGGAGCUUUGAAUGGUAAUACAAUUGGUGGUAGUAAGGGUAGUUUUUAUCACGAUGAUAUAUUGAAUGUAAAAUAUCUACCUGGAUUUAAAUGGGCUGACUUAACUGACCAAAUUGCUAGAGAAAAUGAUGUAAGACAAUCUAAAUUAGACUUGGAAAUAUCACAGGCCAAUAAGAUGAAUGCUGAAUUCAUAAGAAACGUAGAAAAGAGUAAGAUGUUAGAGAACAUUAAAAAAUCUAAUAAAAGAAAAAACAAUGAUAUCGCUGACAAAGAAGACAAUACUAUUGUGAGAAACUUUAAACAAUACAAAGUAUCGACAAGAAGAGCUGAUGCAUCAGAUGAUAUUAAGGCUAAGCAAGCCAACAUGGAUCAAAUCAUUAACAAUUUGCUAUAA